GAGAGAGAGAGAGAGAGAGAGGCAAAACCCACAGAGCUAGAGAGAGACAGAGAGAGAAGAGAGAGUGGGACACUGCAGCGAGGGCUUUAAUGUCGGGAGCUUCAGUGGAAGCUCUUAUCUUCUUCAAUGGAAACUUCUUCUUUUUCUUAUUCUUCUUCUUCUUCGUUGCGCUUCCUUCGACCACAAAUUCCUCGGCCACUUACCAGCACAGUCUUACUGACGAGUCUCAGGUGUAGUUGGAAGCAGAAGAGACCGUCCUUGCAAGCCUCCGCAAUCUCUUAUCAGAAAUUCAUUAACUUUGCUUUGGACCAGACCAAACGGCACACCCAUUUGGCCGCUUCUCCUCUGCAGGAAAGUUAUAGUUCAAUGAUUUCCACGGAUGGUACAGUGGAGCUUCAAAUGCGAUCAUUCCAAGCUCCAAAGAUUAGACUUCUGCGAAGUCUGAGUAUUGAGAGAGAAACAAUGCAGGUUUUGGAUUUUGCUGUCUUCCCAAAACCAGAAUAUGACCUACCCAUAUUUUGUGCCAAUUUCUUCUCCAAUGCAAGUACAAAUAUAGUUUUACUGGAUCUUAACCCUUUGCAUGACAUCAUCAGUCAAAGAGAUUACAGAGAGAAGUACUACAAAAGCUUGAUGCCUCUUGGAGUUAAAUAUGCCGAGCUUUUGCCCUGGGGAGGAAAGCUUACCAGCGAGUCUUUAAAGUUUUUCUCACCAAUUGUUAUUUGGACCAAAUUUACUCCAACCCAACACAACUAUGAUGUCUUAUAUUCUGCAUUUGUGGAUUAUUACAUGGCGUGGCUUGAGCUGAUGGAUGAAGCAACAGAGGAGAACAAUGAGUCGAGAAUCACAGGCAACCGUGAGGCACAACAUAGGUAUUUGGCAUGGCGAGCAGAAAAGGAUCCUGGUCAUGGCGUUUUGAAGAAGUUGGUUGGGCAUACAGCAGCAAAGAACUUGCUGAGGAACUUCCUUUUUCACGGAAUCAAUGAACUAGGAAGCAAAGGUUUCCUGGAUUACUUUCCAGAAUAUCGCUCCGAAGAUGGAACUGUUAUUGAGAGGCGCAGUAUAAUAGGAAAAUCCUUUGAAAAUCGCCCUUGGGAUGCGCGAGGAGAGUUCAUUGGUAACAACUAACAACUCUACGAAUUAAACAUGUAAUGUUAUUCUAGUCUUCUGCCUGUUCUUUUUUCCUGCCCUGCCUCUCUCUCUCUCUCUCUCAUGAACUUGUUAUCUUGUAGAAAUAUAAUCAUAAUUUUUGUUCAAACA